CUUGUAGUGGAAGUGAUUCAUUCCUUCUCACUUCGACCUCGCUUCCCACUCUCAUCUCACCCCUCAUUCCAGUGCUUGCUACGCUGCCUUCGAGAUACCUUUUUCUCCAGCAGGGUCUAUUUACAUUGCUUGUGAGCAUAAUGGACGACGAUGACUACGACAGCGAUGAACUCGAGUUUGAGACCUUGCAAAACCUAUUGGCAAGCGCUGGCUUUGAAAGUAUUGAGGCGAUUAUAAACAAUGCUGCUGAAGAUAGACGAAGCUCGAAGCAAAUGACCAAGCAACUUACAUUUGUCGAAGCCUCAAAGAAAACCGAAUACUGUCAUGCCUCUGGUAUAAUCGAUUCGUUGCCUUCCGCAGUAAGACCAAGGUCGAAUGAGGUUCCAGCAUUCACAUGGCUACGUGGAGGUCUUCGCCGCCUCAUUGUAAUCACCACGUUCCACUUCGCGGAUUUUCGGGUGUCGAAGCACGACUCGAUUAGGAUGAAGACGAUGUUCCAGCAGCUCUUAAACGAAGGACGGAUCACGAAAGAACCGUCAAGAAAGAGGUGCAGAAGCGGGGACAUUAUGACUUCGACGCGCGACACACAGAAGAUCCAGUUCUUGUGUUAUAGCGACAUCACAAUUAAGUUGGUUGAUGGGGACAAGCUCGAAAACCUCCAGGCCGACAUCCUCAUCACAAUGAAAAGAAGAAGAAACACGACCCGAAGAAAAACCGUACCGUGCGGCUCCACUGCCUGACCGACCCCCAAGAUGGAAUCCUCUGUCCCAUAAAGAUGAUUAUUGCCUCAGCGAUGAGACUAGGUGCUGUGAAUGGCCGGACAAUUGAGGAAGUUCUCGAAGCGACUCGACAACGACAAGACAAAACGGUGCAGUGGGCGAACGGAAGAGAGAGAGUCCUGUCUAUGCGCCUUUCAUAACCAGAGCAACGCUGUUGUAGUUGACAAGGCCGCCGAGAUCCGGCAAGAAAUCACUACCAUCCGCGAAAGGUCUCUGAAGGCCGGC